CAAACCCAAACGGCCAAACAGCCACUCACACUCCUGCCGCUCUGUUAUAACGCACAUCCCGUCUGCACCCCGAGGUCGGCGAAUUGCUCUCUCUUCCCGUCUUCUCUCGCACAAGUCAUGGCGAAGCCGCAGGUUCUUCUCUGCCUCCUAAUCGCCGCCGCCGCGCUGCUACUCGUCGCCGCGGCCAAGAAAUCCGGCGACGUGACUGAGCUCCAGAUCGGCGUCAAGUACAAGCCUGAAUCCUGCAGCAUUCAAGCUCACAAAGGUGACAGAGUUAAAGUUCACUACCGUGGAAAACUUACUGAUGGAACAGUUUUUGAUUCAAGCUAUGAAAGGGGUGACCCUAUUGAAUUUGAAUUGGGCACUGGCCAAGUGAUCAAAGGCUGGGAUCAGGGUCUCCUGGGAAUGUGUGUUAGUGAGAAGCGGAAGCUGAAGAUUCCAUCAAAACUUGGCUAUGGCCCUCAAGGAUCACCGCCCACUAUUCCGGGUGGUGCAACUCUCAUAUUUGACACUGAGCUUGUUGCUGUCAAUGGGGAGCCAUCCAGCAAAUCUGAUGAGGACAGUGAGCUUUAGAUAGCGGGAGGGUAGAAUCGGCUUCCAGAAUCCAGAUCAAACAAUUAUCAGAUCAGAUAGAUGAAUGCAGAAACCAUUUUACUCAGAACUCGGCAAAUGUAAUGCACUUAGAGAAAUGAGCAUUCGUUCCCUGUGACUUCGUUUUGCUAUUCCACAAGAACAACUAGUCUUUCUGGAGUAAACUCCUGAUCUUGUGACUUCUUUUUUGGAAUCGCUAGUCUUGUGGCUUCAUUUGGAUGACAAGAUUCAUAUUGAACUUAUGAACGGGUUAUUUUAUAGAGGCAUGCCAUUACAAGGUAAUUUUUUUUGA